AUGACGCUCGGGCGCGCUCUGCCCGUCGUUUCACUCCAUGCUGGGAACGGACAGCGCAGUGCUCGACAGGAACCCUAUACAUCGUCGAGUGCGACAUUGAGCAUCCACGGUGUCGAGUACCCGAGCGUCGACGCCGAGCACUUUGUUGAUGACAGCGACAUCGGGGACAUUGCGCGCUCUGUUGUCUUCGCGUGCCUGAUAUGCCUGCCUGGCAGCGACGCAUAUGCAUGUGCUGUCUUCUGCCAGCACCGGAUCGGCGUCGAAGGCAGGCUGAGUGGGGAGGACAUCGUUGCUUUGGCCCCACGUCAUCCUUCCCUUGCCUCGCGAGUCAUUCUCGAAGGCGGCUCUCAGGAAAGUCUUGCGCUCUGCUCUGACGGCAACCAUGUCGCGCCGGGGCAACGGCUUCGAACUGCUGCCGACCACCUGCUGUCAUCUAUCCCGCUGAACGCUGUAGAGCAAAGCGUCGUUAUGUCGACGAAGAGACUCCGUUCUGCCGCAAGCUGCAAGAAGUGGUCGACGGAGGCUGACCCACCGAACUUCCUAAAAGCCAUCGAAACGCUCUUUGAAUACUACAUCUCGCUCAGCCUCCAUCUCAACAAACGCAUCUGCCCUUGCUCGACUUCUUCGAAGUGA